CUCGCUGCACCUACCCUGCCUUUUUACCCUGUAAAGAAGCCCUCUGUAGCAACUGCUCCCUCCUUUGUUCCAUCCUCCGGCUCUUCCCUGUCUUCAGCUGCUCCAUCCGUUUACAGACCUGCAUUCACUUACAGUGCUCCGCCUGCUGUCUGAGGACCCGCCUUCCAUUGUCCAGCCUGAUGCCCUGAUGCCCGAUGACCCGAUCCGGCCUGAUGACCCGAUCCAGCCAGAUGACUCGGUGCCCGCUGUCGAGCUUGGUGACCCGGUGCCCGCGGUUCUGCUAGAUGACUCGGUGCUCCGUGGUCAUGCCAGA